GUCUGAGCGCUGCAGGGCGGCCAGCCAUUACAGCUUCGUCCUGCUGUUUGCCUUCACUCAACGUCGCUAGCGACCAGCACGUCUCAUCUUCGCGUUAUCUCCUCUUGGCUACUCUUGCUGAGCUCUCGAGGGCCUUUUGAUUAGCUGGUCUUCGCUCCCCAUGCGCUAGGACUCCAUGCAGCACGAAGGCAAUCCAUCGCUCACUCCUCACAUAUGUCAACGCUUCGCCUCUCUGAUAUGGUCGUGCAUUGAUGCGGACCUUCACAAGUCUGCUGUCUUCUACGCUGAGCGGUACUAUGUUAUGGACCCAAGCAAUCAUGAUGCUCGGCAUCUGUAUGCCACAGCAUUGCUACGAUCUGGCCAGCCGCACUCGGCACAUCAUCUUGUCGACCAACCAUCCAGCGUCCGGUGUAGUGGAUGCCUUGAAAUCAAAUCCAAAUGCUGUACAGCGCUGGGGAAAAACAGACUAGCUCGAGAAGCGCUAGAAGAAAGCCUACGAGACCCGUCGUAUAAGCCAACGCCAUCCAUGGGCUCGCGAGCAGCAAAGUCGUUCCCGGAACAAUCUGUGCUACAUUGUCGUUCUGGUGCGACAGCCAUGAAGGGCAACCUUCCUGAACGAGCAAUUCCUAGCUUCCGCCAAGCCCUGGCCCUCAAUCCUUUUUUGUGGGAAGCAUUCGAAGGAUUGUGCUCAUUAGGCGACAUCCUCGAGAUUGAUGACCUUUUCCCGCCGCGGCGACCACCAACGAAGCAGGCGAUAUCAGACUUCAAUAGACCUGUACCAGUUGCCACAGGUGCCGGAUUUUUCACACCUGACGCUGGCAACGGCGGUAACCUAUUUGUCGGCUGGAAGCCCGAUGUAGGCUUGCCAACACAUUCGGAGCAUGUUGGGGGUCUGCACGACUCAAUGACGACCGACGAGUCUUCCUUUGACCCCGAGGGAUCCUUCCAUCAAGGUGCCUUACGCGCCAGCCGGUCACAACCAACGAGCUCGUUGGCCGUGCAUCCACCAGCUGUGCGUCCUCUUUCUUCAGCAGAUGAGGCGGGCCCGGUGACCAAGAAGCUGCGCUCUACUGUGCGGCAGCGUACGGCACCCUCUUCCACCAAUGCCGCGGACUCGAACGUGUACCUAAAGCCAUCAAAGUCUACGGGCACGCUCCUGCUGGGGCAGAGAGAUCAACCGAAAAGUUUAAAGGCUGCUGCGAUCUCAUUUAGGUCACAAUUGGGGGUUGGCAAGUCCGCACACCCCCAGCCUGUCGGUGGCAUGAUGACUAGGCGUAGCACUCGUCUAUUGAAUGGACUAGGUAACAAGCCAGUGACAGCCAAAUACCAGCAAGCGACGAUUCGCGGCCGACGGCGUCUGCAAAGUCGCACGCGUGUGAAUGCUGUAGAAUCCGGUUCUGAUGAGGAAUCCUUACCAGAAGAUGCAAUUGCUGGGCCCAGUACACUAAGCUCGACGAAUGAGGAGGGGGCGCAGGAAACCUACGAUGCAGAGCUCGCUGACUUCCAACUAUAUGAACUGAUGCGCAUGUUCGCUCGUGCGGCCAGAGCGAUGGCACUCUACGAUUGUCGAACGUGUCUCGAUGAACUGGAGAAGCUACCUAUGUCACAGAAAUGGUCAGCGUGGGUUAUGGCGAUGGUGGGCAAAGCUCAUUACGAACUGGGCGAGUACGUUGCUGCAGAACGCGCGUUUGAGGCAGUGCGAAAUCUCGAGCCGUAUCGGCUAUGGGAUAUGGAGGUGUUCUCGACACUUCUAUGGCACCGGCAGGAGAAUGUGAAGCUGUCAUUUCUCGCGCAGGAGCUGGUCUCCACGGAUCCCAGAGCUCCGCAAGCAUGGAUUGCCGUCGGCAACUGCUUCUCCCUGCAAAAGGAACGCCCACAAGCUCUGACCUGCUUUCGGCGAGCAGCACAACUUGAUCCCAACUGCGCAUACGCAUAUACACUAAGCGGACACGAGUCGAUCGACGAAGACGUGGAUAAGGCAAUCAACUUUUUCGAGUCCGCUCUGCGUGCUGAUCCACGACAUUACAAUGCCUGGUAUGGGUUGGGCACAUGCUAUAUGCGGAUGAGCAAGAUUCGACUCGCGGACUACCACUAUCGGAAAGCCCUACAAAUACACCCGCGAAACGCCGUCUUGCUAGGGUGCGUGGGUAUGGUGACCGAGCGAUUAGGAGACCGAGAUCAGGCGCUGAGUCUAUUCAACGAAGCGGUCCGUCUGUCGCCAGAGAAUGCACUUGUGCGCUACCGUCGGGCCAAAAUUCUUAUCGCACUAAAGCAAUACGCGGCAGCGGUAAAAGAUUUGGAGAGGUUGCGCGAAACAUCACCGGAGGAGUCGAAUGUGAUAUUCCAGCUUGCGAAGGCGUAUCGGCUGCUAGGAAACAAUGUCAAGUCGGCGGAGCUGCUCGCCGUGGCCCGGGAUGUGUCGCCGAAGAGCGUGGACAAAAUACGAAAGCUGCUGGAGACGGUGAGGGACCCAGAAGCGGACGUGAUGGAUGAGGGAUGAGGGGGCGGCUGAUGGUGUGCUCUGGCGAGUGGAUUCGGAGGAUGUACAUAGCGGCGGAGAGAC